AUGUCGUCGAUGCAACGGCCACCACAAGACUCAUGGGACUAUAUGCUACCAGGACCACCGUCCCGCAACAACGGCGGUUCUGCCGACCUCCGUUCUACCGGACUUCUUGCCUACGCCGCCGGCAGCAGUGUCGCUAUAGUCGACUCACGCUCUAUGCAGCUUGUAACGGUCCUCCCGAUUCCUCCUCCAUCCGUCGGUGCCGGAAAUUCUACCACCACUUCUUCAUCUUCCUCCUUACUGUCGCCCUUUGUUACCGCCGUCCGUUGGUGCCCUACUCCGCUCCGCCUCGAUCUCCUCUCACAUGAUCCUACGUCUUCUCACUCCCACCUACUCUUGGCCGCCGGUGACCGCCAAGGCCGUAUUUGCCUCCUUGAUCCACGCGUCAAAUCAUCUGCUCCACUUUUUCUGCAAACCGAUACGAACACUAAAUUAGGUAUUCAAGACCUCUGCUGGAUCCAAGCCAGACCCGAUUCGUGGAUCAUUGCUGCCAUAACCGGAUCCUCACUCCUUUCUCUUUUCGAGACAUCCACCGGACGGUGCUUCUUCAAAUACGACGCCGCUCCGGAAACGUUCUCGUGCAUUAAACGUGAUCCCUUUGAUUCCCGCCAUUUCUGUGUCGUAGGUCUAAGAGGCUUCCUUCUGGCAAUUAAAGUCCACGGCGACAAUUCCGAAUCCGACAUUGUAUUGAAAGAACUUCAAAUUCCUACCGAUGUCUCCGAAUUGAAUAAGCUGGAAAGAGACGCAGCUGCCGGCGCUAGUGCUUCCGGUACAAUGAACAACUCCCCGGCGAUGGCGCUGUUUCCUACUUACACAGUGAAAAUCGCGUUUUCGCCACAUUGGAGGCACAUUUUGUAUGUGACUUUUCCUAGGGAAUUGAUUGUGUUCGAUAUGCAAUAUCAAACGGCUCUAUCCCGUGCCUCAUUACCGAGGGGAUGUGGAAAGUUUCUCGAUGUCUUGCCUGACCCGAGCCUGGAGAUGGUUUACUGUGCUCAUUUUGAUGGACGGCUUACAGCAUGGAGGCGGAAGGAAGGAGAGCAGGUACACGUGAUGUGCAUGAUGGAAGAAUUGAUGCCCUCACUUGGCACACCUGUCCCUUCACCCUCAGUUCUUGCGGUUGUCAUCUCUCAAUCAGAUUCCACCCUCCAAAAUGUUCGCAAGCAUCUUAAUGAUGGGCAUCAUGCUUCAUCAUCAGACAUGGAAUUUGAUAUGGAUUUUGACAAUCCCUUCGAUUUUUGUGAUGAAUCCCAUGUCAUUUCUAGAACACAUUUGCUAUCCAUUUCUGAUGAUGGAAAAAUAUGGAAUUGGCUUCUGACUGCUGAAGGCCUAACAGAGAAUAAGAAAGAUACAUCAAAUGUUGGCGUUGUGGCAGAAAUCAGUAAAGACCCAGUUUUAGAUACAAAUGCUGAUGAAGGGGCGCAAUCUUCCUUUGACUCUGUGAAGGAUGUGGUUAAACAAAUAGAUAAGGAGAAUAUUAGGAAGGGUAAUCCAUCAGUCUCCAUAAGAAGCACGGAUGAGCUGGCACUGAAGAUCAGCCUGGUUGGCCAACUGCAUCUUCUUUCUUCAUCGGUGACCAUGUUGGCUGUACCAUCCCCUUCUUUAACUGCUACUUUGGCACGAGGGGGAAACCAGCCUGCUGUAGCUGUUCCACUGGUUGCUUUGGGAACUCAGAGUGGCUCAGUUGAUAUUGUUGAUGUUUCUGCAAAUGCUGUUGCUGCAAGUUUUGCUAUUCAUGAUAGUGUUGUACGAGGAUUAAGGUGGUUGGGAAAUACAAGGCUUGUCUCAUUCUCAUACAGUCAGGGAAAUGAGAAGACUGGUGGCUAUACAAAUAGGCUUGUUGUGACCUGCCUUCGGACAGGACUUAAUCGGACAUUUAGGGUCUUACAAAAGCCAGAGCGUACACCCAUAAGAGCUCUACGGGCUUCAUCUUCUGGAAGGUAUCUUUUGAUAUUGUUUCGUGAUGCACCUGUGGAGGUUUGGGCGAUGACAAAAACUCCAAUCAUGCUUAGGUCUUUAGCUCUUCCAUUUACAGUAUUGGAGUGGACUCUUCCUACCGUUCCACGGCCGCAAAGUGGAGCAUCUAAGCAAUCCGACGCUUCUGUGCCACCUGAUGGGAUGGCAUCCCAGACAGACUCUAAAGCAGUGAGUUCAGAUGGAGCUCAAGAAGAGUUUUCAGAGAGUUUUGCAUUUGCACUGGUAAAUGGCGCGCUUGGGGUGUUUGAAGUUCAGGGGCGGAGGAUCCGAGACUUCAAACCAAAGUGGCCUACUUCUUCACUUGUUUCUUCUGAUGGACCAGUUAGAGCUAUGGCCUAUCGUUUGCCUCAUGUGGUCAUGGGGGACAGGUCUGGGAAUAUACGGUGGUGGGAUGUUACAACUGGACAAUCUUCCUCUUUCAACACUCACCGGGAAGGCAUUCGGAGAAUCAAAUUCUCACCUGUUGUUCCUGGAGAUCGUAGCCGUGGACGUAUUGCUGUAUUGUUUAAUGACAAUACAUUUUCUGUAUUUGAUCUUGAUUCACCAGAUCCAUUAGCGAACUCCCUACUACAGCCACAAUUUCCUGGUACUCUUGUGCUGGAACUCGAUUGGUUGCCUGUGCGAACUGAUAUAAAUGAUCCAUUGGUAUUGUGUAUUACUGGAGCGGAUAGUAGCUUUCGACUUGUUGAAGUUAACGUUGACAAAAGAGUUGGUUAUGGAUCCCAGUCUGGAUUUAUGAAGGAGCGAUUUCGACCAAUGCCUUUAUGCUCUCCUAUAUUACUUCCCACAGCACAUGCUUUGGCACUGCGGCUGAUCUUGCAAUGUGGUGUAAAGCCUUCAUGGUUUAACACAUUGAGUACGAUUAUCAAUAAGGAGCAUAGUCAGUUAUCACGAACUACAUCAUCGGUAGGAGAUCUUCGUAGUUAUCUAAUUGAUAUACCAAUUAUUGGUGAUUCUGUUGUCCCAGAAUUGCUUCUUAAGGUAUUAGAGCCUUAUCAGAGAGAAGGCUGCAUACUUGAUGAUGAGAGGGUGCGACAAUAUGCUACGAUACUCAAUAAAGGUUCAGCUGCAAGAUUCUCUUUUGCAGCUGCGAUAUUUGGUGAAACUUCGGAGGCUUACUUUUGGUUGCAGUUGCCUCAUGCACUUAAGCACCUAAUGAACAAUUUGGCUAACAAGUCUCUGCAAAAGGCCCCAGUAAAAUCAUCAUCUUCAGAAAUCGAUGAUGUGUCUUUACUGAGUAGGAUAUCUUCGAAAGGCAAAUCAGAAAGUGGGCCACGGAAAAGGAAUGCAGUGAGUGAUGGUGAACUUAGGUUGAUGGCUUUUGAGCAAGAAGAAUUGUGGGAAAAUGCUAGUGAGCGUAUUCCCUGGCAUGAAAGAUUAGAGGACGAAGAGGCUAUUCAGAACCGUGUGCAUGAGCUUGUGUCAAUUGGUAACUUGGAAGCUGCUGUCAGUUUAAUGCUUUCUACUCCUCCUGAGAGCCCUUACUUCUAUCCAAAUGCUUUGCGUGCCGUUGCUCUUUCAUCUGCAGUUUCAAGAUCCCUAAAUGAACUAGCAGUAAAGGUGGUUGCUGCAAAUAUGGUGAGGACUGACAGGUCAUUGUCUGGCACUCAUCUGCUCUGUGCUGUAGGGAGGUAUCAAGAAGCUUGUUCACAGUUACAAGAUGCGGGGUGCUGGACAGAUGCUGCAACGUUGGCAGCAACGCAUUUGAAAGGAACCGAUUAUGCACGGGUAUUACACAGAUGGGCUGAACAUGUUCUUCAUGCUGAACAUAACAUCUGGAGAGCACUGGUUUUGUACAUAGCAGCGGGUUCAUUACAAGAUGCGCUGGCAGCACUGCGUGAGGCUCAGCAACCCGAUACAGCUGCUAUGUUCAUCAUCGCCUGCCGGGAAAUCCAUGCUGAAUUUAUUAAAAGCAGCUUAGAGGAUUCGGUUUCGGAUUCUUAUUCUUCACUGAAGGAAAAGCUGGUUGUUUUGAACCCAGAAAACGAAGACGUGAUCGCGGUUGGGGAGUUGUAUGGACAGUUCCAACAAAAACUAGUCCACCUCUGCAUGGACUCUCAACCGUUUUUGGACUGAAGUGUCUGUCUUCAAAGUGUUGUAUUUGUGAUUACUGUCUGUAUGAUUCACCUCACAAAUCACCGUUGUUAUUGUUGUAGAGUCUGAAUGAAAACAUAUCAGAAAAAGAAAAAUCCAUUUUUGUCAACUUUGUGGUUUCAUCUUAUUUCUUGUCUUGAUAAAUAUAACAAUCUUUAUAAUACACAUUUAUUUGUU